AUGGCUAAAGUCGAUCUUGUCAAGAAAAUGUUAUCAAGCGGCGCCGAUUUUCAACUGGACAGCCCCAUGGCCUCAGACAUGAUGGCAUUUGCGCAGGAGGGGUCGAUUGAUGGGACUUGGAGCCAUCGCGCUAUACAAGGCUGGAUAUUGUAUCCGAGCUUCUUCAACCUGGUGCUAAUGCUGACAUUGAAAGUACAGUACGCUGGGCAGGACGGCCGAGAUAUUCGCCGAAGAGCCAGGCAAUAG